AUGAGUAAACAAAACGCACAAGUGAUCCAGUACGGGGGCAGGAAAACCUUAGCCAGGAUUCCAACUCACAGUGAUAUUAUUUCGGAAUGUGAUAAUGGAUUAACUGCCAUACUCCAACAAAGCUUGUCCGAUAAACAACUC